AUGACCUCCCCUCAUCCCAAGGACAUCAGGCUGGGGUCCCCGCGCGAAAGGUCGAAGAGUGUUGUGUCUGCGAAACGGAUAGAGCCAACAGAAACAGGACAAGGACAGCCAGAGACCAGAGAUCGAUCGCAGUCGAUCGCAGAGGUUCGGCAGCCACCAAGCACUGGUUUUGACCCCGCCGACCGUGUGUUCCCUAUUAGGUCGGUUGUUUCGGUCGAUCCCACCGUUCCGCCCCAGUAUUCGGGCUCAGUGCACUCCCGGGACACGACAUCGCCAACCCGAGAAGGGGCGCGACAGUAUCCAUUCAUCGACGAACGAACGUGGAACCAAGUGCACUCGCAGCUUUCUUCUGACCACCUUCAUCACCCCGACCCCGAGCACGCCGAACCUACCAUCCCCACCGACAUUCCACGCCAUGAGACAUAUGCUAUAGAUGACAAAACCGAACUUGCGACACAUUCUUUGGUAUCGGAGGUUGUUCAACACCCCGAAAUUUACGCUAAACCUGCCCUAAGUGACAACGAGUCUGGAAGCGGGUCCACCGCGCCCCCAUCAUCCCAUACCCAGCGCAGGAACGCUGAAGAGGAUGCUUAUGUUACUGCCCGCUUCAAACAUGUUUUGACGGAUAGUGGCCAUGCUGUCAUCACGGGACGAGAGGGAGAAGCAUUUCAAUACUGCGAGGACGAGCCGAUUCGCAUACCCGGGGCGAUUCAGAGUUUUGGCUUAAUGAUUGCCCUUCGUGAAGAGUCCCCAAAUCAACUUAUAGUUCGCAUUGUGAGCGAGAACUCGGCUGACUUCUUGGGUUAUUCGCCCAAGCAACUGUUCGAGUUGAAAAACUUUUGUGAUAUUUUGAGCGAGGACCAGGCGGACACACUACUGGAUCACGUUGACUUUGUUCGUGAUGAUGCACACGACCCAUCAAUCGACGGACCGGAGGUUUUCAAUAUGUCCAUCCGCACAGCUGAUGGAGAGCGCUGCAAAUUCUGGUGCGCCACCCAUGUCUCUCAGACGCAAAAGGAUUUGAUUAUCUGCGAGUUCGAGCGUGAGGAUGACGAAGUGAACCCGUUGAAUGUUGAGGGCCUUGACACUCCGGCAGUCCCCACAGACACCCUAGGCAUUGUUCCAACACCAGAUCAACUCGCUGCGAGCACAAUCAACAUCAGCCAGCCUCUCCGCGUUCUCAGGAAUGCCCGCCGCAGGAAGGGCGCGGCAUCUUCGAUGGAAGCUUUUAGUAUCCUAACUCAGAUACAAGAGCAGUUGGGGCGGACAAAGAAUUUAGAUCAGCUUCUUAAUACAACUGCGGGAUUGGUUAAGGAGCUUACCGGCUUUCACCGAGUCUUGAUCUAUCAAUUCGAUAGCAGCUGGAAUGGCAUGGUUGUUGCCGAGUUAGUUGAUCCGAACACUACUAUUGAUCUCUACAAAGGUCUUCAUUUCCCUGCAUCCGAUAUCCCCGCGCAAGCCCGAGAACUAUACAAAAUCAACAAGGUCCGGCUCCUAUACGAUCGCGACCAAGUCACUUCUCGACUUGUGUGUCGGACCUUGGAGGAUCUCGAAUCGCCGUUGGACAUGACUCACGCCUACCUUCGCGCGAUGUCCCCAAUUCACGUGAAAUAUUUGGCACACAUGAAAGUCCGGUCUUCAAUGUCAAUAAGCGUCAACGCUUUCAACGAUCUAUGGGGGUUGAUAUCCUGCCAUAGCUACGGAAAAGCCGGUAUGCGCGUGUCAUUUCCGAUACGCAAAAUGUGCCGGCUCCUCGGCGACACUGUAUCUCGAAACAUAGAGCGGCUUUCAUAUGCCUCUCGCCUUCAGGCCCGAAAACUCAUCAACACUGUCCCAACCGAGGCCAACCCAUCAGGCUACAUCAUUGCAUCCUCGGAUGAUCUGCUACAACUAUUUGAUGCAGAUUAUGGUGUUUUGUCGAUUCGCAAUGAAACAAAGAUUCUUGGUGACAACAAUAACUCCCAGGAGUUACUUGCAUUGCUAGAGUUCCUUCGCGUACGCCAUUUGGAUUCAGUGCUUGCCUCGCACGAUAUCGUCAAGGAUUUCCCUGAUUUGCACUACGCUCCGGGAUUGAAGGCAAUCUCUGGUCUACUAUAUGUCCCGCUCUCUACUGGAGGUAGUGACUUUAUCGCAUUCUUUCGCCGUGGACAGCUCACAGAGAUCAAGUGGGCUGGUAACCCUUACGAAAUUGAAAAGCGAAAGCAAACCGCGGGAUAUCUAGAACCCCGCGAAAGUUUUACAGCGUGGCGGGAGACAGUUCUAUCGCAAAGUAGAGAGUGGACAGAGACGGACGUGGAGACGGCGGCGGUCUUAUGCUUGGUUUACGGUAAAUUUAUCAAAGUUUGGAGGCAGAAGGAGGCCGCUAUGCAGAACUCGCAACUCACUCGACUACUUCUGGCCAAUUCUGCACACGAAGUUCGGACCCCUUUAAAUGCCAUCGUUAACUAUUUAGAGAUUGCACUUGAGGGUGCUCUGGACGAUGAAACCAGAGAGAGUUUGACCAAAUCUCAUUCGGCUUCCAAGUCACUAAUUUACGUGAUCAACGAUCUCCUUGACUUGACAAAUACCGAAAAAGGCCAGGACCUCAUUAAAGAUGAGACCUUCGACCUUGAAUCAACAUUUAGAGAAGCGGCUGAUAUGCUCUCUGGCGACGCUAAGCGGAAGAAUAUCUCAUACACUGUUUUAGUACAUCCGGGUAUUCCCUCCUCAGUUCUCGGCGACCAGCGUCGUGUGCGGCAAGUUCUUUCGAACGUGAUUUCAAAUGCCAUUCAACACACCAAAUCCGGUGCGGUCACGAUAGAAAUGUGGCGCUCUACCAGCCAAACCAUUAUAGGCCAUGUGGGAGUGGAGAUGAUGGUUGUUGAUACAGGGGUGGGCAUAUCGCACGACAAAUUGGAGAUGCUCUUUCAUGAACUCGAACAAGUGUCGACUGAUGAUACCUACUACCCCGAAGGAGAAGAGAACACGCAGAACACACCGAAAAAACGUGUAUUGGGUCUUGGGCUUGCUCUUGUAGCAAGGAUCGUCCAUAACAUGCAUGGUCAGCUCGGUGUCAAAUCAGAAGAAGGAAAGGGCAGUCGUUUCAAGAUUAUAUUGCACUUCCGAUUGCCAGAGGGAACAACCGUGGACGGAGAUGCAGAUGUAAUUUCUCCUACGAGCGUCGUCGUUCCUGCGACGCCUAUGCUUUCAGACAAGGAGUUUACACUGGUUUCCGGAGCACAUGAGUCUCGUGAUGCCAGACGACGAAGUUCCGAAAGCCUUCGCAGUGGUGCCAGUUCCCGCAGUGGACAAAGUGGGCGCAGUGGGAGAAGUCACGCUGAUCGACUUAUCAGUGCCAUGCAAGAACACCCCCUCAAGAGAAGCACUAGCCAAGAUUUGGAUCAGAGACGGCUGAACCUUUCGUCGAGUCCUGCCAGCGUCAGCAGCAAUAAUGUGCAUCCUCCUCUUGUAUCACCGUCCGCUGUAAAUCGAUCAUUGACCACGCAGGAUCCGCAUUCAAGCCUGUCUUCUGUCACGCAUACCCCGCCGCCCACGUUACAGCCACUUGUCACUCCCCCUCCCCCAGGUCUGGAGAAUAUUACGGACUCGGGAGUGCCGAUGGGUGCUCUGCGAGUGUCACAACGUUUCGCCAGUCUCAGAUCACCACAAAUCGAGCAUACCAAAGAAGAUAACUCAUACUUCCCGAGAGUUUCAUCAAUAGCAGAAACAUCACAAGCUCCCUCUUCUGGGCCAGCAUCCUCUGCCCCACCAACCACCGUACCUUCAACAACAGACUAUGACCCACUCAAUGUUCUUGUUGCCGAGGACGAUCCAAUUAACAGCAAGAUCAUACAAAAGCGGUUGACCAAACUUGGCCACACCGUUGAAUUGACUAGUAAUGGUGAAACCUGCACAAUUGCUUUUGCCUCUGCCACCAAAUCCUUUGAUGUGGUGUUGAUGGAUAUUCAAAUGCCGAUCCUCGAUGGAAUGAGAGCCACCCGGGCGAUUCGCGAGUUUGAAUCCAAGACACCCAAGGAAGCUCUCUCCGACAAAGCUAUGCACAAUGACCGAGUACCUAUCUUUGCUGUCUCCGCAUCAUUAGUUGAAAAGGACCGUGACAGCUACGUCGAUACUGGAUUUGAUGGUUGGGUUAUGAAACCGAUCAAUUUCGCUCGUUUGAACGUUCUAUUGAGCGGUCUCUGCGAUCCGUCUGCCCGACAAGCAGCCACAUACACUGCUAAUGGGGAAUGGGAAAACGGUGGAUGGUUCGACACCAAGUAACGAAUUUUGAUUGUUGACAACCCAAGACAGCCAUCCUUGCCUGCCCGGGUAUUCUGUCUCCAUUCACACCUGUCAUGCCAUGCUCUUGCACCCUACCCUCCAUUCUACACCUCUAUUCUCCCCUUUUUUUGGUUACACUUGACCUGUACUCAUUCAAAAGGGAAGGUCCACACGCAAGACACUACCAUGGCAAUCCCUCUUUGGUCACAUUCCAUCUUGGUUCGAGCCUUUUGUCCCGCAGACAAAUUUCUUGGAUGAUUCUGAUGUAUUUGAUGACUUUCUUCUGUCUACGUGACAUGUGUUUAUGUCUCUGCAUAUACAGGCCCCGGUAUACGAAACUGGCCUGUGGGAUUUGCUCUCGGCGUUCCUUGUGACUUUUUAUCAGGAAAAUAUACGGAUACCCUAUACAUUUCACAUGCAUGUUUGUAUUUAUUUUCAUGUUUUUUUUUUCCAUUUUCUUCUCUUCGCUUUUCUUCCUAUGUACAGUUCAUUUCAACGUCGUGACCACAUGUCAUCGAAGGGCCAGUUGAGUUGUCUCGCCAUGGGGGUAAAAAGCUGUCGCCAAUCCCAAAAGUACAUACCCAGUCUCAGUUCUGUCUGUGUCAAAUCCUCCGGCAACGCCCAAAGAACAUGGAAAGUUGUUUGUUUUCAAUCCCAAAUGAACAGAAGAAAGUGA